AUGACUUUCAACCUGCAGGUGCUGACCGGUGAUCCUCAACAGCAAUACGGUGGUUACAGCAAUGGAGGCGGAGGCGGCUACGGCCAAGCCAAUCCCUACGAGCAGACAGGAAACCGAUACGAGCAGCAAGAAGGUCGCUACGACCAAGAGUCCAGUAACCCAUACGCCCAACAAGCAAGCAACCCCUACGCUUCACAACCCGCUGCGCCACAACAAGCCUAUGGAGGGCGACAGCAACAGGGAGGCUACGAUACUCGAUACGGUCAAGCUCAGACAACGAAUGGCGGCAGCUCUACCUACCCAGCCGGUGCGGGUGCGACCGGCGGCGGCUACGUUGGAGGAAAUGAUGUCGAGAUGACACCCAUGAAUGGGCAAGCCGGUGCAUACGGAGCGCAACCCAGCCGAGAUCCCAAUGCGAUCUUGAACGAAUGCCGAGACAUCGACCGGGGCAUUGACUCCAUCCAACGGAAUCUCGAACGCCUUCGCUUCCUCCAGCAGCGAGCCAUCGAUGACCCAGACGCGAGUCAAGGUACUCAGACCAAUCGCGAGCUCGACUCGCUAAGCUCCGACACGAUGACACUGUACCGCAGCUUCGCAGCUCGUAUCAAGACGAUCAAGUCACAAAAGGAGUCUGGAGACCCAAGGAACAAGCCGCAAGUUGGGUUGGUGGACCGCAAGUUGAAGAGUGCCAUCAAUGAGUAUCAAAUGGUGGAAAAAGACUUCCGGCACAAAUUAUCCGCCCAAAUGGAACGGCAGUACCGUAUCGUCAGACCAGAUGCCAGCGAUCAGGAGGUUCAAGAGGCUAUCCAGGAUACCUCGAAUAACCAGGUGUUCAGCCAAGCUCUACUGUCUCAAAACCGACGCGGUCAAUCACAAUCAGCACUGCGCGCCGUUCAAGGCAGACACGAGGCCAUUCAAAAGAUUGAGCGGCAGAUGAUGGAGCUCGCCCAGCUCUUCCAGGACAUGGAAGCCGCAGUCAUUACGCAAGAGCCCGCUAUACAGAACACAGAAGAGAAGACGGAGAAUACGGUGGUCAAUCUGGACCAAGGAAAUAAACACCUCGAUGGAGCUGUCGUCAAGGCAAGAUCUGCGAGGAGAAAGAAGUGGAUCUGCUUCUGGAUUGUUGUGCUCAUCGUCAUUAUCAUUGGGGUCGCUGUUGGUGUUGGGGUUGGAGUGACGGUUGGCGGAACCAAAAAGAACACUUGA